CGCCAUCUUCUUCUUCCGUACCGCAGUCUCUACUUCCAACCAAAUCUCUCCGGUGAGCUCACGUCCAACAAAAUCUCUCCGCGUGUCCUUCCUUUCAUUCCCCACUAUACCCUUCCAAUCCCUCGGAAUUCAUCGCAUUCUGUAUCUACAUCCCAUAAUGUGCGGAUGGCCGCCCUCUACAGGCAAUCCGGCAUCGGCGGAAACGGAAACGGAAACGUGGCCUCCGAUUACGUAUCCGUCGGAAUCCACGGCGGCUGGCGCCACUUACACCACCGGCGAUUGAAACCGCCGCCAGCUUAUAGGAUCUCGGUUGGGCACUUCGCUUUGACGAUCACUCUCGUUCUCUCAAUCUCCGCCCUCUUCUUCUACCACAUUUUGCAGAGCAAUGCAGUGGAAAUAAGCAUGCACCAAGCACAAGAUGAUGGCAUCAGCACGGAUGCAGACUUUCUAAAAAUGUGACGCGAACCAAAGCAUCCAAGUACAUUAAGUUGGGCAGCGGAUCAUUUUCCCGUGGCAGGGAUUCUCGUGAUAGGGGCAAAGAUGCGAACAUGAGAGAUGAAAACGAGGCAUUGAGGCAAACCCGGGAUGGUUCUGUAGAAAACAUUCAUUCUAUCAUGAAAAACAUAAAGAGGAAGUCUAUAUUUAAUGGUUCUCAUAGAGGAUUAUAUAAGGAGGGUGAGCGUAAUGAAUUGAUAAUGUUUGAAGCUAAAUAUAAGGCCUCGUUGAAGAAUAUCAAAGGCUCGGAAGAUGUGCUCGGUGAUGACCAUCUAUCUGACACAUGGGAUUCUUCUCAUUUGGAUCUGGUUGAAGAUGAGAAGCAAGAUGUCAUUGAAGAGGCUGACAAAGAUUCUAGUGAUUUAAAUAGUCAGGAAACUCUUCCGCAUCCAGAGAAUGCUAGUGGUCAAUAUAAUUCUAAACGGACAAGGCCUACUGAAGGUCAAACUGCCCAUAGGCAGAUUCCUGAAAAGCGACGCCCAGAUUCCAAAAAGAAGCCCAAAAAUCGGAAACCUCCAGGUGCUUGCCCAAUGGCAAUAAUGAAUUCCACUGCACUGCUUAUCGAGCCUCCAGAAAGCAAAAAAUUUGGAAUAUUUUCCCUGCAAUAUACAGAAAAGGAAGAGAAGCCAAUAAGCAAGGAGAACUGGGAACCUAGAUUUGCUGGACAUCAGACACUCAGAGAAAGGGAGGAGUCUUUUAUUGCUCGUGAUCAGGAAAUAAAAUGUGGUUUUGUUAACGGCCCUAAUGGGUCGUCAAUAGCAGGAUUUAACUUGGACGAAGAUGAUGCAAAAUACAUCAGCAGCUGUAAUAUUGCAGUCAGUUCUUGCAUCUUUGGAAAUUCUGAUCGCCUGAGAUCGCCAAUGGGAAAAACGGUCUCACGUUUCUCCAAGAAAAAUGUUUGCUUUGUCAUGUUCGUGGACGAAGUAACUCUGAAUACUCUUUCAUCUGAAGGCCAUAUGCCAGACACCACAGGCUUCAUUGGGUUGUGGAAGAUCGUGGUGGUGAAGGAUCUUCCUUACUCCGAUAUGAGAAGAGUAGGGAAGAUACCGAAAUUAUUACCACACCGUCUCUUCCCUUCUGCCAGGUACUCGAUUUGGUUGGACAGCAAGCUUCGUCUCCAGCUCGAUCCGUUACUGAUUCUGGAAUACUUCCUCUGGAGAAAAGGCUACGAAUACGCUAUCUCCAAUCACUAUGAUCGCCAUUGUUUGUGGGAAGAGGUUGCACAGAACAAGAAGCUUAACAAGUACAACCACAGUGUCAUAGACGAACAGUUUGUAUUUUACCAAUCUGACGGGAUGCGAAGAUUCAAUCAAUCCGACCCUGACAAGCUUCUCCCAAGCAAUGUACCUGAAGGGUCUUUCAUCGUGAGGGCUCAUACGCCAAUGUCAAACUUGUUUUCUUGUCUAUGGUUCAAUGAGGUGGACAGGUUCACGCCCCGUGACCAGCUGAGUUUCGCCUAUACAUAUCACAAGUUGAGCAAGAUGAAUCCCGGGAAGCCCUUUUAUCUCCAUAUGUUCAAGGACUGCGAGAGGCGAAAGAUUGCCAAAUUGUACCGUCACAGGUCCAAGGAGAAGAGAGCUAGCUCCCACGUCGAUUUAUAGGUAUCUUUUCUUCUCUUUCAAUUCGCUGUGCAUCACCGGAGUCGUCAGAGCUGGUUCUAGUACAAAGCAAAUUAAUCUGCCUCGUUCGUAUGUUAGCUUUGAUUGUGUCUCCUAAGAUCACUUGAAAAAUAGACCAAAUCCAUACAAAUUUUGAGUCCAAAAUCUCAAUUUUUAUUAUCUACUUAUAUUACUAUUCAUUA